AUGUCCUCAGACGGCAAGACAGGUACUGUCGGUAUCUCCGUAUACGCAGCCAAAAAUCUCGGCGACGUCGUCUACGUCGAGUUGCCCGAAGUAAACCUACAAGCGACGCGAGGUGACGCUAUCGGUGCCGUCGAGUCAGUCAAAAGCGCCAGCGAUAUCAUGACGCCUGUAAGCGGCCUUGUCGUUGGCGUCAAUGAGGCAUUGCAGGAAAGCCCGGCUUUGAUCAACAAAGACCCUGAAGGAGAGGGCGGUUGGAUUGCCAGAAUUGAGGUUGAUCCGGCGAAGGGAGGUAAAGAGCUGAACGUACCGUUUCAGGAAGGGGCAGAGGGGGAAGAGGCCUUAGGCCUCAUGACGGAGGUGGAGUAUGGGCAAUUCAUUGCUGAGUAA